CUCCCUCCUAUUAGGAGAAGAGACUGACCCCUCUUUGCUACAACCUCCUUUCAGGGAGUUGUAGAGAGCGAGGUCACCCCUGAGCCCCCUUUCUGCAGCUGAACACCCCCAGUUCCCUCAGCUGCUCCUCACAGACAGGUUCUGCAGAGCUUUCACCACAGAAAACAAGCUCUUGGGGCUUUCAUGCAGCUUCAUGGGAGAGCACCCCUUGGAAAGUGAUGCCAUUACUUCCCUCUCUCUGCUGGAAACACUCCAGAUGACACAUCUGCUGCCUUGACUUAGCAGUCAUGUGGUGAGCAAUGUGCAGUGAGUUUGCUGGGGCUCAGCUCCAUUUCUCCAAAAGAUCAGAAACUCUGGCACUUGAUUUAGCUGCACCCAGCUCUGCAGGAGCCUGAGCCCACUCCUCUUCACAAGCCAGUCACAUCCAAAAGGCUUCUCUUGCUAUGGCUGCAGCAGGGAAGCUGAUGUAUUUCUUGAGAUUUUCAGAGUUGAAAUGACAGCAAGAAAAAGAAAAUGGUUCUGGAAAUAGUUCCUUCAGGCCUAGAUUCCCUAAACUAUUUGCUAUUCAUGCAGUCAGUUACACUGGGUUGAACAGUGUAAGAGUAAGAGUGAAAAACAAUUGAGUGGAAGAGAGACAUUUUCAGGAAGACAGCUGCUUCUGAUCAAAGAGAACCCAAAAUUGUGCUCACUGGAGCAGGAAUGAACAAAACCUGCAAGCAGCCAGCCUCAGGGAGACUGUCUGGACACUGUGAGGUACCAUUUCCUUAAGCUGUAAUUAGAGGAAAGAAAAAGAAGGCACUUCUGAAUGGAGAGAAGUGUGGGGUUUAUCUGCCUGUGAAGCAGAUAAGCACACACGUUACCAAGGGUCUACUUGUACUUUCGUUUACUCCAAGUAAAUAACUUCAAGAAAGAAAAACCAGCACCAUCCACAGCCUACCAGCCUGCUGCCAUCACAGGAGGCUCCAACUGCCCUCCUGAGCACUGACUGCCUCCGAGUCAGUGCCCCCAUGCCACGAUCUGUGCUUUCUGCUCCAUACAAAAUAAAGAUGUCUGGUUUGCUCACAUAAAGCACCUCACAGCUUCACCCGACACCGUGUUCUUGUCUUCUUGCCUUUGGUUAGGUGUCAGAUAGGAAUGCUUCAUGUGAAGGCUCUUCUAAACCUUCUUUCUCCUGAAAAUAACCCACAAGGGGAUGUCCUUGCCCACCUCUCAGCCUUGUGAUGCUGCCUGAGCUACCUGCAGUCUCCGUGAGAGCCACCUUUCCCUUUUGACUUUGCAGGAAUUCACUCCAUGCAAAGCCUGCUCUGGUGGACAGGCUCCAAGGCUGGGCUGGGAGGGGCUCCCAGCACCACAUUUUCAGGCCAUCACAUGAUGCUCUCUUUCAGGCUGUCUAGACUAAACUGUGGUUGUGCAUGGGCAGUGCUGAUGCCUGAAUUUGCAGCCCACGGAAGAAUUGUCCAUCCCUGGUGAAUUGCUCAAUAUGCAGGACAAAAAAGAUGCCAAGUUCCUGUGCUCAUUCCUUCCGGCAGAGCAAGGAGGGGGCAAAGCAAGCUGCUCUUGGGCAAGAGCCCUUUCCACUUUUCUCCAGACUCCUCUCCUCCUCCUCUGCUCAGCUGACAUGGAGAAGCUCGUGCACCUCAUCUUCUUGGUCUCCUUACCAGCAGCCUGUGCAGCAGAGAAUAUCACUGUGGUGUAUGGAAUGGAGGGGGACACCAUUUCUGUCAACUGCACCUAUAACCCCUGGCAGCAGCGAUGGAGAGAAAAGAGUUGGUGCAAGCAGAUCCAUGAGACCAAGUGCCAACACGUGGUGAGUGCCCGACGCUUCUGGCUGCCUUUCCUAAAGAACAGGAAUGGCACCACCUCUAUCAGUGACAACGUCCGUGAAGGGGUCCUGACAGUCACCAUAAAGGGACUCAAGAAGCAGGAUGCUGGGUUGUACCAGUGCAAAAGUGACUACCUGGGGGAAACAAACAGCUUAAGGAAGGUGCAAGUGGAAGUGCUGACAGCUGUCCUGGAGACUCAAAUGCCAGAGGAGCCCAGGGCUGUGCACAGCAUCUCCAGCAUCCCUCCUGAAGCUGAUUUCACUGUCUUCUAUAUCCUUGCUGGAUUACUGGUUUCUAAGUUCCUGGUGGCUGUGCUGAUCUUUAUCAUUGGCAACAGCAGGAAGAGCAGAGAAACAGAGUGGACGAACCCAAGGCUGAGUGAGCAGCAGGUCCUUCCUUUCGCUGGUGAUGGAAUCAGCCCCUCCUGGGACAGCACUGCUUAGAGCCACACCAAAGGGAGGUCACAGGGAAAUGACCAUCAAAUGUUUGCAGGCAAAGCUUUGCCACCUGCUGUAAGAAAAGAAUCGCCUACUAAACAUAGGUGCCGCUGAACCUGUCGCUCUGGAGAGGGAAUGUCACCAUCUGCCACCUCUUCUUAGCGAUGACCAACUUUUCCCAGCACAACUGAACUGAAAAGAUGCUGCCAGUAGCACCCAAACCUAAAGGAAGAGGAUGGGAUGGGAUCGAGGGCUGGGGGAAAAGAGGAACAUGAACUCUUUCUGUCAAGAG